GCUUGUAGCAGCAUGACAGCUGACACCAAUCCAAUGUCAGCAUGACUCUGCCAGAAAUUUUUUUGUUGUGCUAAAAUCUUUUUCCAAAUUUUCACGAAAGAGAAACUAAAUUAUCAAAAAGAACUUAAAAUAAACAUAAAAUAAAAAUGACUACAUUAGACGAUAAAUCUUUGUGGGAGGACGGUGAAGAAGCCCUAGGCGAAGAAGUGUUGCGAAUGUCCAGCGAUGAAAUAGUUAGCAGAACAAGACUGAUGGACAAUGAAAUCAAAAUAAUGAAAAGCGAGGUGAUGAGGAUUAAUCACGAAUUGCAAGCGCAAAACGAGAAGAUUAAAGAAAACACUGAGAAAAUAAAAGUAAACAAAACCCUGCCUUAUUUGGUGUCGAAUGUGAUUGAACUUUUGGAUGUGGAUCCGCAAGAAGAGGAAGAAGAUGGAGCUGUUGUUGAUUUGGAUUCACAAAGAAAAGGAAAGUGUGCAGUAGUAAAAACAUCCACUCGCCAAACCUAUUUCCUUCCUGUAAUAGGGCUCGUAGAUGAAGAAAAAUUGAAGCCGGGAGAUUUGGUUGGUGUCAACAAAGAUUCUUAUCUUAUUUUGGAAACUUUGCCAGCUGAAUAUGAUGCCAGAGUAAAAGCUAUGGAGGUUGAUGAAAGACCAACAGAACAAUACUCAGACAUCGGUGGCUUAGACAAACAAAUACAAGAAUUAAUCGAAGCAGUGGUAUUGCCAAUGACUCACAAAGACAAGUUUGUUAACUUGGGCAUUCAACCUCCAAAAGGUGUUUUAUUAUAUGGGCCACCAGGUACUGGAAAAACACUACUGGCUCGAGCUUGUGCCGCUCAAACCAAAUCGACUUUCCUGAAACUGGCAGGUCCUCAGUUAGUUCAAAUGUUUAUUGGCGACGGUGCGAAAUUAGUCAGAGACGCUUUUGCUUUGGCCAAGGAAAAAGUUCCAGCAAUUAUUUUUAUCGAUGAAUUGGACGCUAUCGGUACUAAACGUUUUGAUUCUGAAAAAGCUGGAGACAGGGAAGUUCAAAGGACCAUGUUGGAACUUUUGAAUCAGUUAGACGGUUUCAGUUCCACAGCGGAUAUUAAAGUAAUUGCAGCCACAAAUCGUGUAGACAUUUUGGAUCCUGCCCUGUUAAGAUCGGGACGUUUGGAUCGUAAAAUCGAAUUUCCACAUCCGAAUGAGGAGGCCAGAGCUAGGAUUAUGCAAAUUCAUUCAAGGAAAAUGACUGUUAAUCCUGAUGUUAAUUUUGAAGAAUUGGCUAGGAGUACUGAUGACUUCAAUGGAGCCCAAUGUAAAGCUGUCUGCGUUGAAGCUGGUAUGAUCGCUCUGAGAAGGAAUGCUACAGCAGUGACUCACGAAGAUUAUAUGGAUGCUAUCAUGGAGGUACAGGCUAAGAAGAAGGCUAACCUCAAUUACUAUGCUUAAGUAAUAUUUUAGAGUUACUGAUUAUUAUGUCCAAUUG